CCUGAAAAGACAGAAAUUAAAAAUAAUAAUAAAUAAAAAUUAGUGUUGUUGUGUCAAAAAUCAUCAAUAUGAAUGUAUUGCUAUAUAUAACGGCAAUGUUUUGCUUUUUGUCAAUGGGUUUUGCACAAUUCGGUCCAUAUGGGUUACCUCAUCCACACAAAUACAAGAAAUUUUAUCGUCGUCUGAAUAAAGGGUUUUAUCCCGUUCCUGUGCCUGUUGCAGUUCCCGUUCAUCCCGUUGCUGUUCCUGUUCCUGUUGCUCCUGUACCCGUUCCUGUGCCUGUUCAUCAUAGUCCUCCUGUAUAUGGAUCUCCGAUUGUUGGAGGCGGAGGAAGUCAUGCUUCAGCUCACGCGUAUUCAAAAACAUUUUCUCUUAACACUCCCGGAGGGUUGUCAAUUAAUGUCGCAAAAGCAGAAGCAAAUGCAAAUUCAGGCGCAAAUAGUAAUGGCUUUGGAUAUGGCGCAUCUCCAUUCGGCGGCGAAUUAAACAUAGCUAAUGCUAAUGCACAUGCGAACGCAGAAUCCUUUAGCAUUGGAUAGAUAAGACAGAGACACCUAUUAAAUUACCAUCAACGAACAAUUUUACGCUAAAAUUAGACUUUUUAUCUGCUC